AUGAAGUUCCUUUGUCUACACGGUGCCAUUGGCAAUAUCGACGUAGCUCCCUUGGUGAAAGAGUUGAGCCUUGAUGGCUCCGCUGAUUUCCACUAUCUCAACGGCCCUGUCCCAGUAAUGCCCCCAGAUGAUGCUCACUGUUCUCAUCUAGGCUUUGCUGAAUAUUUUGGCGUGGGGCCGCAUUAUCGAUGGUUGGAAGACGGCGGAGUAGCGGAGGAAUCUAUGAUCUCUCGGGUACGAAAGGCCCCGCAUGGAGCAAGCCCCGAAGAUGUCAUGAGAGCAUUGGGCAAGGACUGGGAUGGUCGUUGGAACAACCAUCGAGAGGUCAUAGAUUACCUCUAUGACACGCUGGAGAAGAACCCCGACAUCGACGGUAUCAUCGGGUAUAGUGAGGGUGCUACCAUGGCAGCCAGUCUCAUCAUGGACGAAGAAAGGAAAGCCCAAGAGACGGGACGCCCCCGUCGUAUCAAAUGCGCGGUUUUCAUCACCGGAUGGCCACCUCUCUCUCCUGAAGAAAACGUGGUUUUGGCGGACGAGAGUGACUAUAUCCUGGAUGUUCCUACCCUCCAUGUGGUCGGUGCAAAUGAUCCGUAUCGAUAUGGCGCACUAGCUUUGUUCAACGUUUGUGAUCCCGAUACCGCCGCUAUGUUCGAUACCGGGCGAGGUCACACCAUUCCUCGGUCCGGCCAGGUUAUAUUGGAGCUCGGAAACGCCGUGCGGGACCUGGUGGACAAAGCGUACGAAGCUUAA